AACGCCGCGCUCGACGUAGAGUUUGGUGCCGCGGAAAAGCGGCGAAUAGAACAACCCCACCUGGUUGCGCGCGGGCCGCGGGCGCGGCCUUUUCCCUCUCGGCUCUAUAAAGCCACUAGGAGAGCGCCUCCACCGAACAUUCGCGCUCGCCGCACCGUCACUCAUUUGCUCUCAUCAUGUGGCUGCUUAUCCUCGCAGGUUUUUUGGCAGUCUCCGCCGGGGAGGAGACCGUCGUCGCCAGCGUCGCCGGGAAGACGAAAUCGUCCGACGACAUCGUCCUGCUGGAGAUCGAUGUCAAAGAUCCUGUCAAGAGGUCACCAGUGUCAGCCAGCGCCGUUUACGGAGCCUCGCCCAGCCAGUUCGUCGUUCGACACGGUGAUGACUCGCAACAGUUGUCACCCGAGUACUUGGCCGUGCUGCAGCAGUUCACCGGGACCGAGCCGCAGGCGUACGCAACAAACGCAGCGAACAAUGCAGCGCAGCGCAGGCCGUUGCCGGCUUACGCGAAGCAGCAGCAGGCGUUGCAGCAGGCGUAUUACAAUUACCGCAAGCCGGCCGUGGUGCCUGCGGCACCGCGACCUCAGCCUCAUCCUCAGCCGCAAGCUCAGUCGCACGUAGGCGCGUCCACCUAUCAGCUGGAGUCCUACACGCAACCGAAGCUGGGCACCUUCGAGCAGGAGCUGCUGCAGCUGGUGUCCGCGAAUCAGGCCCAGGAAUUCAACCUGAUCCCGACGCAGGCGAAGGACGAUUACACGCAGCCGCGGUACGUGAAGCCAACGGCGGCACCGCUGCCGGCGGGUCAUCCCGAGCAGUAUCACAUCGAGACCAGCCCGCCACCUCGUUAUCAGCCGCAGCAACGAGUACAAGCGGCCUAUCAGCAACCAGCGGUCCAGUACCAGUACCAGCAGCAGCAUGUACAAGCGGCGGAUUACUCGGGUGCGAAGGGUGCUCGACCCUUCAGGCCGUCGCCGCAGUACGACUACAACGCCGAAGCCGAGGCGAAUGCCAGAGCACAGGCGCAGGCUGAGGCGCAGGCCUUGGCCUUCCAAAAGGUCGCUCAGGACUCUUACCAGAAGCAUCGCGAAGCCGCUAUCGAGCAGAUCAGGAUCGAUCAGGAGAGGUACAGGCAGCAGAGCGCCCUGGAGCAGAUCCAGCAAGGGUCUCAGGUGAGCGACGCCGGACGAGCCCAUCUGGACGGUCACCUGGAGCCGAGUGACCCCGAGGCCGCUUACAGAGCCAAGCUGAAGGCCCAAGAGGCUGCCGAAGUCGCCGAAGCGAGGAGGCUGCAGACAGCCGCCGAGUACAAGGCCCACCAAGACGCCGUUCGCCAAGUCGAGGCUCAGCAGCACGCCCAUGUGAGGGCCCAGGAGAAGGCCCACGUCGACGCCUUGAACUUCGAGAGGAACCAGCUGCGCGCUCAGGCCCAGGCCCAGGCUCUGGCGCAGGCCCAGGCUGAGGCGCUGUACAAGGCCUACCAGCAGUCGCGCGCCAAGGCCAACAGCGAGAUCUUGGCGGCCGCGAGGGCUCAGGAAACGGCGAAGAAGUUGAAUCCCGAGGGCACGCCGGUCAUUCAGUACCUUCUGCCCAGCAGCCCCAAGCUGCCGUCGCCCAAUAGUUACUUCACCAACGACGACAGCAAGUAUCAGACCUCUGGCUCCACCUAUGUGGCUAGGUCGCUGCCGAAGCCGGACUCCAGCGAGUCCGCGAGCCGGGACGACUCAGCUCAGCCGCCGAGUCAGCCGGCCCCGAUCAAUCAGCCCCGCCAGCUGCACAAGCUGAAGGUCCCGCCGACCCAGUCGUCACCCGUCUACAUCUCUCAGUCGGGCCUCGUGAAGAAGGCUCCCUCCGUCAAGUCCCUCGCUGUCGAGGAGACAAUCGACUCGCUCCACGGGCCCCAGGUCGUACGUAUCCCCUCGUCCAAGGGACCUCAGCAGCCGCUGAGCCAGGAGGAGCUGUCCGUUUUGAUCAACGCCGGUUACAGCGUCACCCCGAUUCCUCAGACGGUCAAGCCGACCCAGCGCAACUACCUACCGGAGAGCAACACCUCCGCGGCCUACUACCUGAAGAAGCAGCGGCCAGUCAGCCCAGUCAGGCCCGUCGAGUACGUCGCUUACGAGGAGGUCGUGCAGCACUCGCCGAGACCCGUCAGGAAGAACACGCCGUCCAUCCUCAAGCACGACGACGACACGUCCGAGAAGGUCACCUACUUGGUGCCCUUGGAGCCCAGCUUCGGCACGAGACAACCGCCAUUCAGGCAGCACGAGUAGUCGCGCAGACUUUCUCUGUCGUUGUCAGCAGGUGAUGGCAAAGUUGAAAACUCGAACUCCGGCUCGAUCUUCUUCUUCUUCUUCGAAAUUCUCCUUCCCUUUCGUCACAUCGCGCGCUGCCUCCUCUUUUCGUCUCGUUUCGUCUUGUGUGUCUUGUGUGUGACACCCGUCACACUCUCUCUUGCCCCCGGUAGACUUCCCCGCUUCUGCCGCUUAACAUUACACACACACACCACACA